AUGUCCAAUAUGAUGCCAGAACAGUCCCGACGUGAGAUAAUUUUGGGCCUUUUUCCAAAAGGUGGAGCUGCCAAGAACAUUGUAACGAAGCUGAAGGGUGUUGUUGGCCAAUCCAUGGUCUUCAAGACCAUAAAGGACUUUAAAGAGAAAGACAAGACCAAGAGGAAGCCCAGCACUUGCCAGGCAUCCAUCAGGACCCGACCUAUGGUCAAGAGAAUCCGAGAGAAGAUUCGCCGUGAUCCAAGGAGAAGCAUCAGGAAGAUGGCCAAGGAGGAGUCCGUAUCUGUGUCAACCAUGUGGAGAUUGUGUCGGAAGGACCUGGGAAUGAUUCCCUACAAAAAGCAACGCCGACAAACUCUCUCUAAUGCCACCAAGGUCAAACGACAAGGCCACAAUCUUGGGAACCACCAAAGUGAACCUUGGGAUUGA